AUGUUCCUUCUGAUUGCCAUCGGCGGCAUCGCGACAUGGUCAUGCUAUGUCGUCGGUAACUUCAAAUUACGGCACCCCCAAGUCUACGGAAUCGAUGAUGCAGGGUUUUUGAUGUUUGGCAAGAUUGGUCGCGAGUUCUUCGCUGUUGGCUUUUGCCUCUGUAUGUGUACUCCCCCUGGUUGAAGGGUUAGGCAGAACCUGCACUGACCAAAACCAGCUUAUAUCCUCGUUGCCGGCUCCGGUAGGCUUGGAAUCUCAUCUCAAGUAUGUCGCAUCUCUACUCUGGUUUCAAUCGACCUGACCGUUCCACAGUUUUCACCGUUACGAUUGCCGUUGGUGUUCAAGAUCGGCUGGCCGCGGCACCGCAAGACGGCCCCUGGAAAUCGGACUUCGCCAUCGCUAAACGCCCGACUUUCAUAAAGGCUGUAUCAGCCCUCUCGACCUACAUCUCCGCAUAUGCAGCAGCGCCUCUUUUCUUUCCUGUCAUCUCAGAGAUGAAGGAUCCCCGCGACUAUACGAAGGCCCUCCUCGUGUGCCAGAGAGGAGUCACCAUCACCUAUGGUGUCAUCGGAUGCCUUGUCUAUUACUUCUGUGGCUCGUAUGUGGCAUCUCCUGCUCUGGGAUCUGCCGGUGGCCUUCUCAAAAAGAUUUGCUACGGGAUUGCCCUGCCUGGGUUGAUCGCCAGCACCAUCCUACUCCUCCACGUAUGUAGACCGUAGCCUACUUCUCCUUCCAAAUACAAACUCCUAACAGUGUUAAAUAGCUACCCGCCAAGUACAUCUUCGUCCGUCCACUCCGAGGCACCAAGCAUCUUACAUCGAAUUCAAAGACACACUAGAUCGUGUGGCUCAGCUGCACUUCCGGUUCGGCUGUGAUUGCAUACAUUGUUGCAAGCGCAGUUCCCAUUUUCGGAAACCUCGUGUCGCUUAUCGGAGCCGUAUUCAACACAACUCUGGCUUUCCAGGCCAUGGCCUGCAUGUGA